AUGCUGGCAUUACUGCGCCGAGAUGCCCAGGGGCCGCACGGGCAUUCCCCGCGGUCUUCCCGGCCGGCACUGCUGCGCCGCGCUCCCCAGUGGGGACCCCUGGCGCCCGGGCGCGCGCCGACCCUCCUCACGCUCCUUCCCGGCCUCUCAUCGGCGUGCGCGGCAGUCGCUCCUCGCCGCGCUCGGGGCGGCGCCAGGUGGGAGGCCGGCGCGGCGGAGUUCAAGUGCGGCUCGCGGCGGCCGGGGGGGCGGGCGGCGCGGCAGGUUCCUCCUGGCGGAGAAGCUUCGGGGAAGCUGGGCGGGAGGGUUGGUGAGGCACUCAGGUCCGCCCCUGCGCUGGCGCGGGCGCUCCGGGCGCUCGGGGCCGGGCCGGCAGGGCGGCGGGGCAGGGGGCGGAGGGCGCCGCGCUCAGGGCCGCGCCCCCGCCCGCGCGAGGCCGCACGUGGUCGCCCCGGGCUCUCCCCCCGCGGGCUCGGCGGCUCCGGGUCGGCCACGCCGCCCGCGCUUCCGGCGCCGGGGCUGGGCCGCUGCGGGGGCUCAGUAAAGUGGGAGUUCGUCCUCUUCGGAGUACAGUCAGCUACCCCUCACCGUCACCACAUGUCUUGGUCUCUGCGGGGAUCGACGGAGUGAGUCUCCCAACACCAACCAAAGACGAAGACCAGCCUAGGGGCGGCGGAGAAGGUGGCAGUUGCGGUACACCUGGGUGUUCCACUGAACCCACCACAAAUACACCUAUUGCCUCCCACCCACCGAUUUGUUGACACCUGUAUUUACAGAGAUUCAUUCUUUAGGCUUAGAAUUUUGUCGUCUGUGUAAAUGCAUCCAAGUGUACCAGGGAGUGAUAAUACUUUAAACCUGCCAAUGCUCUUGGCUUUGCGUUGUGUCAAAUCUCUUCCGAAAGAAGCAUGGGGAAGGCGGCAGGAGAGAAGGGUGUGCUGUGAAAUGAGGUGGAAACAGCCCCAGGUGUCCGAGAGUGGGUGCACAAGGCUUCAGUUGGCUUUCUGGUGCACGACUUUGCCUGCCACCCUCCUGCCUGAACCCUCUCUGAUGCUUUUCACUGGGACUCACAGACAAGCACAAGUCACACUGUUGCACCUUCCUUUAAAAUCUGCCCCCCUAAAAAAAUUGAAGGGAUAUUAACUGGGAGCUGGGAAGAUGUUCCCAGGACAUUUUAUUCAGCAUGAUUGAUUUGCAAAUGCAAAUCCAAUUACUCAUUGGGGAAAGUCAGCUUGCCUGCACUCCAGUGCUCCUACAGAGUAGCUGCCUGGCAAAGGGAUCUGGACACACCUCCUUGGAGACAAGAAGAGAGAAAAAGCACUCACACUUGGAAAGAAGUCCCCUUCCCCUGUGAAACUGCCAGAGUUCAUGAAACGCUAGCGGUAACCCGUCUGCUGCUGGAACCAAGUACACUUCCAGAACCAGGGCAGCCCAGCUUAAACUGGGAGAAAACACACAUGCAUAGACUCACAGAAGUGCCAAGAAAUUUAUACAACAUUGGCUAGUGAUAGAGAACUGUUAGGCUGGAGGAGAAAAAAAGAGGUAAAGCAGGUCUUGAGCGCAGCUACAUGCAGAAAGGAAGCUGGAACACUGCCAUCAAAUCCAGAGGAGGCCUGAAAAUCCAGGGUGUGUUCUUCUUGUGACUUUCAUUGUAUUUAUUUUGAUGAAUAAACAGUAGGAUUAAUAGAGAAAUUGAAUUGUAGCAUUAACAGAAACUAAAGUUCCUCUUUCCAGCCUCUCAUGAUACAAAUAGGGAAAUGAGACCCACAUAUGUGAGUUCUAUACAAAUUAGCUGGAAGUGGCCAGGUGCCAGGACCCAGGUCCAGAGGGUCAAGUGACCAAGGUCUAAGACACAGGUCUACAGAACCAAGUGAGCAGGGCCUAGGACCCAGGUGUUGUGAUUCAAAUCAGUCUCUAUUACACCAGACUACCCAAAGGAAAUUUAAGUUCCACCCAUAGAAUUUUUUUA